GACGUCACCAAUGACACGUAUUCAAAAUGGCGGCCACGGCGAUGGAGACGUGGUGGGCCUUGCUGCUCUUGUCCUUAUUGCCUGUGGUGUUGCCCUUCUACGUUCCUGGUGUUGCUCCCCGAGACUUCCAUCAAGGGGAUAUUGUAGAUAUUAAGGCUGUGAAGAUGACCAGCACUCAUACCCAACUUCCUUAUGAAUACUACUCCCUACCAUAUUGUAAGCCUGACUCUGUUGUCUACAAAGGAGAAAACUUGGGUGAGGUGCUGCGUGGGGACCGUAUUGUGAACACCCCCUACAAUGUGGAAAUGAACAAGGAUAAGAAGUGUGAGGUGGUGUGCGACAAAAAAAAACUCAGCAAAGAAGAGAGCAAGUUGUUUGCAGAACGAAUACAGGAGGAAUAUUAUGUUCACCUUAUUGCAGAUAAUCUGCCAGUAGCCACCAGGUUGGAGGUGUAUCACAAUCGAGAAGCAGGAGCAGAAGAGGAGCUUAAGAAGGAUAUGGUGAAAGAUAUCCAGUUUGAACAUGGCUACAGACUGGGCUUUGUCGACAACAACAAGUUUUAUCUGCACAACCACCUUUCCUUCAUCCUGUACUUCCACAAGGAGAAGCUGGAGGAGGGGGAGCAGCACAACUACAGAGUGGUGCGAUUUGAGAUCGUACCCCAAAGUGUAAAAGUGGAUGAGCUGAAGGCUGUGCCCAAAGAGAAGACUUGCACCUUGCCAGAGGCCAGCAGCUCUGCUGCGCAGGAGAUUGACCCCACCAGCGAGAACGAGGUCCUCUUCACGUAUUCCGUGAGCUGGGAGGAGAGUGAGGUGAAAUGGGCUUCUCGAUGGGACACCUACCUGACCAUGAGCGACGUGCAGAUUCAUUGGUUUUCCAUUGUCAACUCUGUGGUGGUUGUCUUCUUCCUGUCUGGUAUCCUCAGUAUGAUCAUCAUCAGAACCUUAAGAAAGGAUAUUGCUAAUUACAACAGAGAGGAUGAUAUAGAAGACACAAUGGAAGAGUCAGGAUGGAAGAAUGUCCAUGGUGAUGUCUUCAGGCCACCUCAGUAUCCCAUGAUUCUCAGCUCACUUCUGGGUUCAGGAAUCCAGCUCUUUUGCAUGAUCCUUAUUGUCAUCUUUGUUGCCAUGUUGGGCAUGUUAUCACCGUCGAGUAGAGGAGCUCUGAUGACCACUGCAUGCUUCCUCUUCAUGUUUAUGGGUGUAUUUGGAGGCUACUUUGCUGGACGACUCUACCGCACACUGAAAGGCCAUCGGUGGAGGAAAGGAGCAUUUUGUACCGCAACUUUGUAUCCGGCUGUGGUGUUUGGAAUUUGCUUCAUCCUCAACUGUUUCAUCUGGGGAGAGCACUCCUCUGGGGCGGUGCCCUUCCCGACCAUGCUCGCUCUGCUGUGUAUGUGGUUUGGUAUCUCCAUGCCCUUGGUCUACCUGGGCUACUACUUCGGUUUCCGCAAGCAGCCGUAUGACAACCCCGUGCGCACCAACCAGAUCCCUCGGCAGGUCCCGGAGCAGCGCUGGUACAUGAACAAGUUCGUGGGAAUCCUGAUGGCUGGGAUCCUACCAUUUGGUGCCAUGUUCAUAGAACUCUUCUUCAUUUUCAGUGCCAUCUGGGAGAAUCAGUUCUAUUAUCUGUUUGGCUUCCUGUUUCUGGUCUUCAUCAUAUUGGUGGUCUCCUGCUCUCAGAUCAGCAUCGUCAUGGUUUAUUUCCAGCUGUGUGCAGAGGACUACCGAUGGUGGUGGAGAACCUUCCUGGUUUCAGGAGGCUCAGCGUUCUAUGUCCUAGUGUACGCCAUCUUCUACUUUGUCAACAAGCUGGACAUUGUGGAGUUCAUCCCGUCGCUGUUGUACUUUGGUUACACCACCCUGAUGGUGCUGUCCUUCUGGCUCCUGACGGGCACAAUCGGCUUCUACGCCGCCUACAUGUUCAUCAGGAAGAUCUACGCCGCAGUCAAGAUCGACUGAGUCAGUUGCUGCUGCUGUCACUUUUUUUUUUUUUUUUUUUUUUUGUUUUUUUUUGGUCACGUUCACUUUUGGUUUGUUUUUUAUAUAUUUUUUUAUUGUCCAGCAAGCACUGACUUGUGUGUUGAGGUGGGAGAAGUUUUCCGAGUAUAACAGUUACACCCACUGGCAAGGAUUGGGUAGAACAGAGAGUCUCCUUCCUUUCCACCCCAGCUUUUUUUUUUUUUUGGGAGGGGAGGGGCAGAGGAUGUUUCCUCUAAUGAGACUGUUUGCACCUUUAGCUGGUUCACCUUGCACAAAACACAGUGGGCCAAACAAUGGAUUUCUGCACAUUUUGUCCCCCCCCCCCACCCCCCCAUCUUGUGUUUUAAUUUAUCCAUGGAUUUAGUUUCGCUAUCACCAGUCAUGUUGGGAAGACUCUGCUGGCCUUGGAUCUGCUUUCAUUCAAAUAUUCCCAGUUUCUUUAUUUCCACCUCUGUUUCAUUUGAGAGACUUUACAGAAAGAGAGGUGAACUGUGGUUGUGGCGUGUUGGUGUCUUAUGGUGAACUGAUCUACAUUGUGACACAGAAUGCAUGUAUUAAAUGCUCUCUUAUUUUUUAAAUCAUGUUUCCAUACAUUUUCUGUGUAACCACUUCAAUCACAAAUGCAUCAAGAUAUCAGCUUUUCCCCUCUAAAGCAUCUCAAUGUACCGAAUACGUUGGUGUAUUGCCUGAUUGAACAUUUUUGUGAAAGCAGUGGCCUGAGAUUUAUUCAAGGUGCAUAUUGAUAUUGUGUUUCAUGAUGCAAAUACACAUUUGAAGCAUCCCAAUUGUAACUUGAAAAAGCGUUUUUAUGCUCAUUAAAUAGUGGGUGCAGUAUUUUUAAUCCAGGGACCCUUUUCUCUUCGCUGUGCUUUUGGGCUAAAAUAAAGGUACAAAUUUCCCCACA